AUGGAUGGCCCGCUGCUGGAUUCGCCGCCUCGCCAGGCCUCGAUCCAGGGCAUAAUACUGAGCCCGGAGCCCAAGUUCCAGUCGUCCCCCAGACGACAGAGACGGACGACGCCAUCCCGCGCCUCGCUGGGUGCGUCCUCGUCAAGCAUGCGUCCCGACCGAAGCAACAGUUACCCCGUGUCCACGCCGGCGAGGUCUUCGGGCUCCCAACAGCAGAACCCCCGCGCCCGCUCCAAGGACGUGUGGUGCGAUGACGACGUCGUCUCCCGAUCCGACCGAGACAGCAGCCGCCGCAGCGGCUCUUACAUGUUGCCCUCCAUGUCCCGCGGCACUUCGCCCAACACGUCCGACUCGGACGACGACACGGACGUGUCGUCGCAGGACGAACAGGAUCAGCCCGAGAUCCGAGUCCCCGACAAGGAGAUGCUCGCCGAGCGCCUCCGGACCAAGAGCAAGAGGGGAGGUGCACACCGCCGCCAACGCACCGUAGACGAAGCGAUCCCCGAGGAGGCCGACUACAGGCUGGAACGCAGCCGAGACAGCUCGCCCGUCGCCCGUGGUGCCCGCAGACCCCAACCCCGCUCACCCUCCCGCCAUUCCUCAGACAGGCGUGAGGCCCCCAAGGAGCACCGCCACGCGUCCCGGAAAAUUCACCGGCAAUCGUCCGCCAUCGACGAAGACAGCAUGCGGCAGAGUGUCUCGGCGAGGAGAACUUCGCGGAGGCACAGCGAACCCGACCACGUAGAGAAGCCUCCGAUGCUCCGCAAGGCCCAGACAUUCGGGGGCUCUGACACGCCCUCGCAGGUUCCCAAGCUUGUCUGCCCAACGACGCACUGCAGGAAGCCCAUCAAGAGCAAGAACAUCUACAAGGAGAGGGAGGACGAGGGCGGUCGCAAGUACGCCAAGUGCAGCUACUGCAAAUGCAGGAUCUGCACCGAGUGCGGCAACCAUUGGCACCGGGAUCCCCAGUGCCCAGACCAGGAGGAGGGACCAGUGCCGCUGAAGCGACCCCAAGCGAAGGCGGUCAGGCGUGUGCAGAUAUGUGCGGGCUGCGGCCACGAGUCUGCGAACUGCGACUGCAACGCCGAGGAAGAAGAGGAAGAAGAAGCUCCCGUCUUGAAACACAGACAGGUGUCGUCAUCCUCCAGGAGGACAGACCGCCUCGAGUCGAGAGACCGGGACGUUCGGCCCCGCGUUAUGGCUGCUGCCCCGGAUCCAACUGAGGCGUACAGGUCCCGGGACCCAUCUCGCUCUCAAUCUCGUGGCACAUCUCAUCACACGUCCCUCAGCCGCCGCUCUCAAUCUCGUGGUCUUGAUGAGUACUCGCGACCACGAAAGAUGCAGGCACAGCCCGAAUCGAGCCUGUCACGCAGGGGGCACGCCCCGCCUCAAACCUUUGACGACGAGGACGAGGACGACUACGACGAUGAUGAUGAUGACGACGGGCGCGACGACGAGGAUGAAGAGGAAGUGCACUACGCAUUUGGACAGCCUGAAGAGGAGGACCAUCACCGUUCCCGGCCCACGCAGGCGCUCACUCCGGCACCGCUUGGACCGCUUGCCGCAGUUCCAUCGGCACCGCCGCGCGGUGCUGACUAUUACUCCCUGACAACGCCUGCUUAUGGAGCCCACCGGGAGCCUCCGCCCACACAUAUGCAGCUACAUACCCGGGGACCGUCCGGGCCCCCGCCGCCUGCUGUGCCGACUCCCCCGUCUUCAAGCUUCAACCACCACUCGCAGCGAGACAGAGAACGGGAGCGAGAGCGGGAGAGAGAACGGGAGCGGGAGCGGGAGCGCGAGCAAGAACGAGAUUUCCGUCAGCGCGAACGUCAGCGCGAGCGUGAACGUGAGCGGGAACGCGAGCGUGAGCGUGAGCGUGAGAGGGAGAGGGAGAGAGAACGUGAGCGGGAGCGAGAGCGGGAGCGUGAGCGCCACGAGCGCCGUGCACGUGAGUUUGAGCCCGAGUCGCUGCCGCUGCACCCAAUGGUUUCGAGCCCCAUGGCUGCGUAUUCGCGGGACCACUACGCCCACUCAGUACCACAGGCGCACUCGUACCCGCCGCCCUACUCUCAGGCCCAGUCCCGACCUUCGCCGCCCCAGCCGCACCCCUUCGCGCCCAUCUCGGACAGGCAAAAGUCGAUGCACCACCAGCACCAUCAUUCACCUGCCGUGUCAUAUUCACAUUCGCAGGCCCCGCCCCCAGCACCAGCUCCGCCGUCGAUGGUGGAGCCCCAUCGCCAUGGUUAUGAGUCUCCCUCUCUUCCCAUCCCCAUGGGACCGUCGCGGGCUCCCGUGCCGGCACCAUCGCCGCCUCCCAUGAUACCGGAUGAUGAGAGAUCCAACCCCGGCGACGAUUACGUGGCAAACGUCAACAAAGCCCGCAACAUGCGCGCGACAUCGAUGGACAGGCGCCUGGCGGAACGAUUCAACCCGGACUCGAGAGGCGCCCAGAAAGCCUACCACGUUCCCGUCAUGUCCCAGCAUCCGCUCACGCCGGCCCCCCAAUCAGCGCCGCAGCCUGUGCUACACCAUGCUCAGGCCCCGCCCACGCUCAUCCACGCCGGGCCGCCGUCCGCUAUUCACAUCACAUCGCCGCCGAUGCACCAUGCCCCAAUGUCGCCACCGCCGACAAUGCAUCACCAGCCGCACACGCCCCCGCACUCGCAUCACCCCCAGAUGUACCCGUCAGCUUAUCCUCCCACCGGGCCGCAUGUGGCCACGAUCCCGAUGCACAUGGCAAGCCCGGCCAUGCCCAUGGCGUCUAUGCCGAUGACGUCCAUGCCAAUGACGUCCAUGCCAAUGACGUCCAUGCCAAUGACGUCCAUGCCAAUGACGUCCAUGCCAAUGGCGUCUAUGCCGCCGCCAGCUGUGCCCCUAGCGCCCGCAGCAAGUGGUAUGAGGCGACACACGAUGGACGAUGAGAUGUACAGCAGUAACUCGAGGAGCACGAGGUCGUCGGACCAAGGGCCAGCGGCAGGUGGAGCCAGGCGUAGGCACCGUGGUGACAGCUACGAUGGCGGCCCCACCGAGCACGACCGGUCGCCUAGUCGGCGCCGACCGACGGUGUCGCGCCGGCCGCGCAAGGACGCGGCUUCUCAGCAGCCGUACCUAGAGGAGGAUGACGAGGAUGUCCAGGCGAGUCGUCUGGCGGGCCUGACCGGGCCCGGCCGCGGUCCGAACCGGGUUUACGAAUGGAGCAGCCACGUUAUGCCGAAUCCUAACGUGCCGGCCUCUGUGGCAUCCUGAGCCAAAGCCUGAGAGCCCAAAUCAAAGGAAAUAGAUUGUCUCCUCCUCUUUGAGACGUCCCAGCCGCCAGACGGCCACGCCGCAGCAAGCACUAAGCACCCGCCGUCGGGACGAAAUGUCAAUGCUCAUCAUCAUCGUCUUCGUGUAUCUCAUUGUCCAUGUUUCUCUUUCGUACUUCGUUUUCUUUUUUUAUAUCAUUUCAUAUUCACGCGCUCCUUGGCCUAUUCCUCUCUGAUUUCCGCAUCGGAUGUCACUUGUAAUUUCGAGGUCGUCUAGUCCAAGGUGUUUUUGUUUCCUUUUCAUGUGUAUCAUACGCCCGUCACGUAUCAACGAUGAUCAAACGACGACGAAGGGCUAUGCGUGGAACUUGCAUAGCAAGGGUAUCGUAUUCCUAUUCUUUUUCUUUCCUUCCCCCUGCACGCCCAACUUGCGUUGACGCUUUGGCCGAACUGAGAGACAUGACAUGAAGAUUGAUGGAGGUCCUUUCCAAAGGGCGGAAGAUGGGGAGGUUACAUAGUUUCCACGUGCUCGUGCUGUUCUUAGGUGCCUUGUGCAACCAAUGAAUUACGUUCCAUGUAGUAUGCCCGAGUCAGUUAUUUUUCAUGUCGUG